AUGAAAUUCUCGGAGUUUAUCCAGCUGAUUUGCACUAGAUAUGAAUUGGAAGUUUUUAUUCAUCGUUUCCAGGCUUCUCUUGAUCAUUCCAUUCUUAUUGGUCAGUCAUCCUCAAGAGGAUGUGCACCUGCAAAUGCGCCAUCUUGUAAAAGAUUGACGUAUUUUGUGUGUGUGUGCGCUCUCCACGUGCAUUUCAAAAUAUUUAGUUUCGUUUUUGUGUUUUUCUAGGUUUUCGUUGUUUUCACAGGGAAUUCUCGGAAUUCUCUGUGUUAAGUAAUUAACUCAUCUUUUGUUAUUAUUGAUACACUUCCUCGUGAAGUUGUAUUUGUAUUUUCAUUGUUUAUUUUGGUCAAAAACAUAAAGUUUGGCCUAAAAUCCGUGUUUUGUUAUUUUUCCUUGCUAGUGGUUUAAAUCCACUGCCAUCUUUGACGUCAACCUCCUUGCAAUAUCAAGCAAAGGAGAACCGGGAGGAGUGCAACUUGGGGGCCGAACCAACCACAACCCCAAAUUCAUUCAACUUCGUGUAUUCGUCGAUUUUUUUGAUUGUUGAACACGUUCCUAGUGAUCCUUUCCUAGUUUCAGGACUGGAGUUAAGGAAUUGUUCGAUUGUCAAAAGGAUAUUGGAUAUUUUGGACUAGUGGAGAAUUCGACAGCGAAAAUGGCUGCGGCAAGUGAAACUAUGCAACACAUUGGAUCAGUGAGCAGUGGAUUGGAGGAUUCAACGGGGCACGAAGAAGAUAUUGGUAUGAUUUUUGAUGAGAAAGCAGCGGAUUGGAUUACGAUUGCACAAGAAGCUCGAGAAGAUGCGAAGAAAUGGAAAUUGAGUGAAAGACAGGCGGAUGUCGUAUUGAAUCCGUUGAUGAAAAAGUCGAACAACGAGUAG